AAGGACUGUUUCCUAUCUACUAAAGUAUUUUUUACUUGGUACUACAAAAUUUCCAGUACACAGUUUAAGCCGUGUGUUGUGUUGAAAGUGCCUCACACAUUGGCAGCACGGUUAGAGAUUUGCCUGAAAGGCCAGCGGCUUUAUCCAAACAAGUCUGCUCUGUCUCUACGACAACAGCACAUAAACAAAUGGGGUAUCAGUGUCUCGGCAAAGGACGUUCAGCUGCCACUUGCAGCAAUGCCAAGCCUCAAACCGCCCAACAAAUCCAGGAAAUCAAAGCCCCGCAGUUCCAAGUCUGCCAAGAAAAGUGGGAAUCCAAAGUCACUCAGAAAGAAGUCCAACAGUGCCAAGAUGGAGAUGGACAUCCUCAGUCCCACAGCCACCGAGAACCUGUACUACAUUGCCCAUAAUGCAGCAGCCUUUCUGACGUUAAUGGGCUUCGGGUGGCCAAAAUCAACUGAAAAAAAAAAGAAAGGAACAAAGCAGAAGAGGAAAAAAUAGAUCAUGAAUUGUGAGAAACCCACGAGAUUUUUUCCCCCCUCAGUAGGCACUAAGGGAUGGAUUUACAGGCCUACUUGUGACGCCACCUGGUGGACAUAUAUAUGUAACAACUCAAGUAUACCAAGUUUGAUGUCAGUUCAAAAGUUCAGGUCAAUGCCUGAAUUGUAUCGGUAAAACGUGACUCGGUUAAUGACGCAAAGACUGCAAAUUUAAUUAUCUGCAACUUUAUUGUUAGCUGCACAAUUCAGAGGUGUGUUUGUGCUGAUAAGAAACAAUGUUUGGCAGUUUUCAAAGCGACAAGUUGGAAGCUUGCAAAACAAGUUCUUAGUUUUGUACAAUACAAUGCACUGUAGAUAAUAUUAUACACAUCUAGUGUAGAGAUUUUGUAGCAUGCAUAAGAUAAAACACAACACUGCAUGAUAGAAAAGGUAAAUGACAAGUGCCACUAAACUGGACUCAAAGUGAUCCCAUAAGUUAGUUUUACUAAUAUUGAGAUCCAGUCUUCACACUAUAUACCUUAUAAAAAAAUAGGCUACAUUGGGAAGUCGCCUUUAACACUAAGAGGAAAAAACCAAAUACUUUUCCAGGCACUGUUUUUAUUUUCAUACAUAUUUCACAUGAUCAAUCCUUUUAUCAAAUGUACACACACUGCACCAACAGAACCCUGUGAAAUAAAUAGUUGAACUUUUGUUGCUUGUAACGUAGUCCCCUUUUGUUCAUUCUGGGGGUUUCUUCUUGGCCUCCGCGUCCUUCUUAAAAUCUUCAAACUUCUUGGCAAUGU